AUGGAGGCGAUUUUGAGGCAACAGCAGGAAGCCAUCGCCUAUUUCAGCCGCAUCCCUGAGAAUCUGCGGAAGCUGGCGACCAGUCGACGCACACCGAGCUACCUGGAGCCACGACUGGGGUCACUGGAGGAACAGUGGCAGGCCUUUACAAGGCGCCACUACGAGCUGGUGGCCUUACGGGACCCGAGGGCGGACCCACCAGCCUACGUGACGGAAGGCCAUUUCGAAACGGCCCAGGAUCUGUACUGUGACGCAAAAGGGGCGAUCACGGACAUGAUCAAGGCGCUAACUCCUCGGCGAGAGGACCACGUGGCUGGUGGAAGCCAAGAGGGCUCGGUGACGGCUCCUACGCCUACCCCGAGUAUGGCAUCGGCAUCGCUGCGCCUAGCUCGCAUCGAUGUCCCACACUUCUCCGGGGACUACCUCAAAUGGGUGCACUUCAGGGACAUGUUCACGUCCCUAGUGCGUGAACACACUGGGUUGAGCGAGGUCCAGAAGCUCCACCACCUAAUGGUCAGCCUCGAAGGGGAGGCUAAGGAGCUGCUAGUGAACCUGGAAAUCACGGCAGCUAACUACGAGACGGCUUGGGAUCGGUUGGUCGCGCGCUACGAAAAUAAGAAGGCACUCGUGGCGGCCAACCUCUACACGAUCACAAGCCUCAAAAGGAUGGCAUCGGACACCCCGGCGGAGUUGAAGAGGAUCUCGAACACAUUCACCUCCGCAGUGGACGCGCUCGCCAACCUGGGGCAGCCAGUAAUCCACUGGGAUGCCAUGUUGGUCCACCAAAUGGAGCAGCGGCUGGAUGAAGCGGCGAUGGCGGAUUGGGCUGACUCACACUCGAGCAACACGGAGGUACCAACAUUUAAGGCUAUGCAGGGAUUCCUCGAGGCUCGCAUCCGGGCGAGGGAGUCGGUCACGCGGGGUCGGGACGCAGGUAACAAACCGCGUACCGGGGGCCCGAUCACGGGAAUUCGGAAGGGGCGCGACCCGCCGGGGGUUCGCGCUCACGCGGCAGUGGCAAAGGACACGAAGUGCCUUCUAUGCUCGGGAGUGCACGCGCUCUUUACAUGUCCGUCGUUCAAGGACCUUUCCGUAGGCCAACGACGCGAUACAGUGGCACGAAAUCGGCUGUGCUACAAUUGUCUAAGCGCGAGACAUCCGGUGCGCGCGUGCCAAUCGCAGGUACGCUGCCGCACCUGCAACGGGGUACAUCAUACCCUUUUGCACGAGGGAAGGGGCUCGGCGCUUCGGACCGACAACCAACCGGCCGUGCAGGACACCACGGAGGAGUCAGGUACCGAACAGACAGUCGCGAGUGCCAGCCAGGUAACGCGCGGCGCGGUUAAGGGCAAUACGGUGCGGGCGCGACCGGUCCUGCUAGCCACGGCCAUCGUGACCGUGGAGACGGCUUCGGGGCGGCAGAUGCGCGUAAAGGCCUUAAUCGAUCAGGGAUCGGAAGUCUCCUUGAUUUCCGAAUCGGUAGCUCAACACUUGCAGUUGCCGCGGAAGGCAACCUGUAUCUCAAUAGUCGGCGUGGGGGGUAGCGAGGGAUGCGCCGUAAAAGGUUCGACGAACCUCCGAGUCCGGUCGCAGGUAGACCCAGGGUUCACGCUCGAACUGCGAGCCCUGGUGCUACCCCGGCUAACGGCGCACCUCCCGACGCAGCAGGUGGCCACCGGGAAUUGGCCUCAUUUAACGGGACUCGCCCUCGCCGACCCGGAUUACGCGGCGCGGUCGAAAAUCGACUUGCUACUAGGGGCCGAUGUCUACGGGGACAUCCUCCUGGAAGGCUUACGGAAGGGCUGCGCGGGCGCCCCGCUCGCGCAACAAACAGCCGUAGGAUGGGUGCUGUCAGGACCGACCGGCGGGACGACGUACGAGACGACCGGACCAACAACGGCGCAAUCCUUCCAGUGCACCUCGCAGAAAGGAUUGUACAAGGCGCUGCAGCGGUUCUGGGAGUUAGAGGAGGCUCCCACCCGCCAGUACAGCCUCACCGCUGAGGAGACCGCCUGCGAGGAUCACUACGCCCGCACGGUGAGAAGGGACGGGGAUGGACGGUACGUGGUCCGGCUACCGUUUAAGACCUCCCCGACAACGGACUUGUGCACCUCGCGAUACGGUGCGAUGCGGAUGUACGAGCGUAAUGAACGACGGUUCAUUACCGAUCCUGGGAUGGCGGAGUCAUACCGCCAAUUUAUGGAGGAAUACAUCCGACUAGGGCACAUGGGACCGACGGCGGGCGGAAUUCGGGGGUACUACCUGCCGCACCACGCGGUCAUAAAGGACUCGAGCACGACCACUAAGCUGAGGGUCGUGUUCAAUGCCUCGCACGCAGCGCUGAAUGGGAAGUCGCUCAACGACUUACUGCAUGCGGGGCCCAAACUCCAGGCCGAACUGAGCGACGUCCUACUACGUUGGCGACGACACCCAGUCGUCUUCUCGGCCGACAUCGAGAAGAUGUUUCGGCAAAUCUGGACUCACCCGGACGACUGUGAAUUCCAGCGGGUGCUAUGGCGGGCGGAGGGUGCCACUCAGGUAGCGACGUAUCGCUUGCGGACCGUUACUUACGGUACCGCUUGUGCGCCCUACCUGGCCAUUCGUACCUUGCGGCAAUUAGCCCAAGACGAGGAGGCUCAAUACCCGCUGGGUUCGGCAAUCGUCCGGGAGGAUUUCUAUAUGGAUGACGUCCUCUCGGGAGCAGACACGGUGGAAGGGGCCGUCGACCGACGGCAGCAGCUUCAAGGGUUCAUGGCCUCAGGAGGGUUCACCCUGAGGAAAUGGACAUCCAAUCAGACCGCUGUGCUAGCGGGCGUACCCCCCGAACUUCGGGAGACGGGAGUGGAGCUCCAGUUGCAGGAGGACACCACGCUAAGGAUGCUGGGGCUGAGAUGGCAACCCGCUAAUGACCAUUUCAGGUUCCAGGUACAUCCGCAACCAUCCUGUGGGCGGUGGACGAAGAGGGCGGUGCUGUCGGACAUAGCCCGACUCUUUGACCCCCUAGGGUGGCUGGCGCCGGUCGUGGUGACCGCGAAGGUAAUCCUGCAGCGGCUGUGGCUCACAGGGACCGGAUGGGACGAGCCGAUCCCGCCGGCGGAAUCCACGGCUUGGGAGGCGUUCCGGGGGCAACUGGUGGAUAUCGAGGCGAUAUCCAUCCCUCGGUGGAUCGGGGCGACGUCCGUCGAGCUGACCACGCAGUGCGAGCUGCACGGCUUCUCCGACGCCUCGGAACGAGCCUACGCGGCGGCUGUAUACCUGCGCGUCACCAAGGGAGGUGGCGCGGCCCAGGUUACCCUGUUGACGGCAAAAACAAAGGUUGCGCCGGUCAAAAGGGUGUCGCUUCCACGCCUGGAGCUGUGCGGUGCGGCUCUCCUCGCCCGUCUGGUACGCCAUCUGAGGGGGACCCUACGAUUGGAGUCGGUACCAAUCCACCUCUGGACCGACUCGACCAUCGUCUUGGCCUGGUUACGGGGACACGCAUCGCAAUGGAAGACGUUCGUGUCGAAUCGCGUAGGAGAGAUCCAGACCGCGCUGCCGGGGUCAGAGUGGCAUCACGUCCCAGGCGAGGAGAACCCAGCAGACUGCGCCACGCGAGGCCUGACGCCACGCGAACUACGAGAACAUCAUCUGUGGUGGAGUGGGCCGACCUGGCUUACCGGGGACCCAACUUUAUGGCCCGGCGCCAACGUAACGGUCGAACCGACCGACCUGGAGGCCCGGCCGGCACCUGUCGGCGUCAACCUCGGCCAGGUACCUGCCACGGACCUGCUGGCAAGGUUUUCCACCCUGCACAGGUUGCUGCGGGUUACGGCCUGGUGUCAUCGCUUCGGGACAAAUUGCCGGCGGUCAGCUGACGACCGUGCGAAGGGACCAUUGACCCCGGAGGAGCUUGCUCAGAUCCGUCGACACUGGGUCCGGAUCGCGCAGCUCCAAGGCUUCCCGGAUGAGAUCGGGCGUCUCCAGGGGAAGAAGGGAGUAUCACUGAAGAGCGCCAUACUAAAAUUCGGUCCCUUUUUAGAUGAUCAAGGGAUGCUGCGAGUUGGAGGCCGCCUGCAACAUUCGCUUCUCGCGUAUGACGAGAAGCACCCGAUCCUCCUCCCGGGAAAGCACCGAUUCGCAACCCUCGUCAUCGGCCAGGCGCACAGGGCUGUACUGCACGGAGGGACGCAAAUGACACUGGGCUACCUGCGGUGGACCUUCUGGAUCGUAGGGUGGCGUACCAGGGUACGGCAAUACAUCCACCGGUGUAUCGCCUGCCUGAGGCAACGAGCGGCACUCACGACGCCGCUCAUGGGAUCGCUUCCACCAGCACGGGUGCGUCCAGCUCGCCCGUUCCUGCACACAGGGGUGGAUUACGCGGGGCCGGUGCAGCUGCGGACGAGCAAGGGGCGAGGACAGCGGACGUACAAGGGGUACAUCGCCCUUUUCGUCUGCCUGGCAACCCGGGCCGUUCACUUGGAGGUGGUCUCGGACUACUCCAGUGAAGGGUUCCUCGCGGCGUACAGGAGAUUCACCGCACGGCGGGGAAUUUGUGAUACCCUGUACAGCGAUCAAGGGACAAAUUUCAUCGGGGCGGACAGGGAGCUGGCCGCCAUGUUUAAAGCCUCGGCCAAGGAGAGGCAGGACAUCGUAGCCACCUUGGCGAACGAUGGCGCCAGGUGGCGCUUCAACCCACCAGCGGCUCCACACUUCGGGGGACUAUGGGAGGCUGGGGUGAAGUCCGUCAAGCACCACCUUCGGCGAGUGAUCGGCGAGGCGACACUCACGUACGAGGAGUUCGCCACCUUCCUCACGCAGGUAGAGGCCUGCCUCAACUCCCGGCCACUACGGGAGCUCACGGACGAUCCAGAGGACUUGACCGCGCUGACCCCAGGACAUCUGCUGAUCGGGGCCCCGCUGACAACGGUGCCCGAACCCUCCCUCCUAGAGGUCUCGAUGAACCGUCUCAGUCGGUGGCAACUACUGAGACGGAUGUAUGAGCAUUUCUGGGAUCGAUGGUCUCGGGAGUACCUGCGGGACCUCCAUACAAGGAGUAAAUGGAAGACGCGGUCCACCCCGGUCCGGGUUGGCGACAUGGCGCUGCUCAAGGACGAGCGCUUGCCACCGACCAAGUGGCCGCUGGUCCGGAUCGUCGAGACCCACCCGGGACCCGACGGUGAAGUACGGGUUGUGACAGACAAUAAGGCUAAAGACAAUAAGACUAAGGACACUAAGGCUAAGGACACUGAAACUAAGGACACUAAGGCUAAGGAUUAG